AUGACCCUCUCCGGCGGCGGCAGCGCCAGCGACAUGUCCGGCCAGACGGUGCUGACGGCCGAGGACGUGGACAUCGAUGUGGUGGGCGAGGGCGACGACGGGCUGGAGGAGAAGGACAGCGACGCGGGCUGCGAGAGCCCCGUGGGGCCGCCGGAGCUGCGCCUGGACGAGGCGGACGAGGUGACGCCCGCGGCACCACACCAUGGGCAGCCUCAGCCGCCGCACCAACAGCCUCUGGCAUUGCCCAAAGAAGCGACUGGAGCCGGGGCAGGGCCAGGGGGCGAGGCGGGCGCUUCCGAACCUGACGGAUGCAAGGGCGGCGUUGGCGGCGAGGAGGGCGGCGGGAGCGGCGGCGGGCCGGGCUCCGGCAGCGGUGCAACGGGAGGCCUGGCCCCCAGUAAGCCCAAGAACAGCCUGGUGAAGCCUCCCUACUCGUACAUCGCGCUCAUCACUAUGGCUAUCCUGCAGAGUCCGCAGAAGAAGCUCACCCUGAGCGGCAUCUGCGAGUUCAUUAGCAACCGCUUUCCCUACUACCGGGAGAAGUUCCCCGCCUGGCAGAACAGUAUCCGCCACAACCUCUCGCUCAACGACUGCUUCGUCAAGAUUCCCCGCGAGCCGGGCAACCCGGGCAAGGGCAACUACUGGACCCUGGACCCGCAGUCCGAGGACAUGUUCGACAACGGCAGCUUCCUGCGGCGCCGGAAACGCUUCAAGCGCCACCAGCAGGAGCACCUGCGCGAGCAGACGGCGCUCAUGAUGCAGAGCUUCGGCGCUUACAGCCUAGCGGCGGCUGCAGGCGCCGCGGGGCCCUACGGCCGCCCCUACGGCCUGCACCCCGCGGCCGCGGCUGGCGCCUACUCUCACCCGGCUGCCGCGGCCGCCGCGGCCGCUGCCGCGGCGCUCCAGUACCCCUACGCGUUGCCGCCGGUGGCACCCGUGUUGCCGCCCGCGGUGCCUCUGCUGCCCUCGGGCGAGCUAGGCCGCAAAGCGGCCGCCUUCGGCUCACAGCUCGGCCCGGGCCUGCAGCUGCAGCUCAACAGCCUGGGCGCCGCCGCGGCCGCCGCGGGCACGGCGGGCGCUGCGGGCACCACGGCGUCGCUGAUCAAGUCCGAGCCGAGCGCGCGGCCGUCGUUCAGCAUCGAAAACAUCAUCGGCGGGGGCCCCGCGGCGCCCGGGGGCUCGGCAGCGGGCGCUGGGGGUGCGGGGGUAACUGGGGGCACUGGGGGCGGUGGGGGCGGCAGCGCGGCGCAGUCCUUUCUACGGCCGCCGGGCACCGUGCAGUCCGCGGCGCUCAUGGCCACGCAUCAGCCGCUGUCGCUGAGCCGGACGACGGCCACCAUUGCGCCCAUCCUGAGCGUGCCGCUCUCUGGACAGUUCCUGCAGCCCGCGGCCUCAGCCGCCGCUGCUGCCGCUGCUGCAGCGCAAGCAAAGUGGCCCGCUCAAUAG